CGACAAUAUGUUCAAGACUGCCCUGAAUUACCUGAGUUCCAAUGUGGGCGUGUAUGGGUUGGAUGAGGGCGUGUCAGAGGGUGGGAUCCCGGAUCCCAUCAUAGGCUCUAUGGUGGAUGUGGGGGGUCAGAAAGUGAAGGUGCAGCGACGGAUUGGCGAAGGAGGAUUUGCCUUUGUGUACGCUGUGCAAAGCGUCAGUUCGCCUCCGCGCCCGUUUGCCUUGAAGCGAUUACUGGCCGCCGACGCUGACAAGCGCGCAGCUAUAGUUCAGGAAAUUACGCUCCUCAAGUCCCUCAAAAACCGGCCCAACAUUCUGCAGUAUGAGACGGCAGCGCAUUUACCGCAAGGUCAGGGGCUCUCAGCGUCCAAGUGCGAAGAGUAUUUGCUCUUGACUGAGCUAUGCGCCGCGUCUUUGUACGAUUAUCUGUCACCGCGCUCCAUGCCCUACCCACCAGUCACAGCUGGACGCGUCUUUUUUCAAACCUUGGAAGCUGUAUCCUACCUGCACCGCGCCUCGCCUGCCAUUGCGCACCGCGAUCUCAAGGUAGAGAACUUGUUGAUCGACGGGUGCGGCAGGCUCAAGCUGUGCGAUUUUGGCAGUGCCACCACUCACACCUAUCUCCCGGAUGAGACAUGGAAUAUGGGUCAGCGCACCAGGAUGGAAGAAGAAAUUCAAAAGUUCACCACCCCCAUGUAUCGGUCCCCAGAAAUGGUGGAUGUGUGGUGCAAUCAUCCGGUUGGUAUUGCAAGUGAUGUCUGGGCGUUGGGCUGCCUACUGUACCAGUUGUGUUUUCACGUCCACCCUUUCCCUGAGGGCACAAAACUUCAGAUCAUUAACGCCAAUUUCUACAUCCCGGAUACUGAUGUGACUCACACCAUGUUCCAUGACUUGAUACGCCAGAUGUUGGUGGUGGACCCAACUUGUCGCCCCUCCGUCCAGCAAGCCCAAGAGCAUUUGGGAGAGGUGGCCGUCUACAAUGGUUGGGACCUGGAAGACAAGAUUGACUUUGAGAUCCAACUGAACCUACCUUCAACCCCAGAGCAUGGCCCAGCCAAUGGAGUUCCAAAGUUGGACCUCUCACCUACCCACCAGCCUGGAACUGUGCCUGCACCAACAGCCACCCAGCUUCUCACCUCGUUGAAAGGGGGAGCUGGUUCAAUGUUUGGUCGGAUCAAGGACACCUCCAAGUCUGUCAUGUCCUCAUUGUUGUCCCCCAAGGAUAUAGAUUUUCACCUGCUGACGUCUCGCUUGGCUGCCAUGUCGUUACCUGUGGACGGAAUUGAUUAUAACUACAAGAACCAGAUUGAAGACAUUCGUCAAAUUAUGGAGAACCACCAUUCGGCUCACUAUGCCAUUGUCAAUGUAUGCGAGAGGAAGUAUCCAGCAUCUCGUUUUGUCUGUGGCACAGUCAUUGAUUCCACCUGGUCCAGUCAGAUCAUUCCAAGCAUCGAGCAGGUUCUAGAAAUGAGCAUCAAAGUGAUUGAGUUCCUGUCCAAGGACAAGAAGAAUGUGGUCGUUAUCCACUGUUUAAACGGGAAGUCAAAUUCGGCCAUGCUCUUCUCCGCCGUCAUGCUUGUAGGUAAAGUGUUCUCACACUAUUCUGAGGCCCUUGCCCUCUUUGAAGAGAAACGGUGUGAGCCUCAGAUUUCCUUUGGUCAAAGGUCAGUGUUGAUCCACCUCGAAAAGCUCUUGCAAAGUGGACCCUCUCUUACGCUCUCGCAACAAGUUUUGAACGUGAACAGUAUCAUCCUGGAGCCAGUUCCAUUGUUCACAAAGGCAUUGGAUGGAACCCGACCCUUCUACGAGAUCUAUCAGGGUUCCCAAUUGAUUUCGACCAACUUCCAGGAUUACGGAUCUCUCAAGCUGUACACAGCGUAUGAUGGGGAGAUUGUUAUGAAAUUAAACGUCAAGUUAAUGGGAGACAUAACGGUAAUUGUGUUUCAUGGCCGACAGAGCAUGGGCACAUUCUUCGCAGGUAAACUCGAAAAGAUCCUGAUCGGGAAGAUUUUCUUCAAUACAAGCCAGCUUCCGGCCAACAAGUCGUACGUCAAAUUCAAAACUCAUGAGCUAGACGCUUUAGGAGACAUAGAGAGGAUCCCGGACGAUUUUAGUAUUGCUGUCAAUUACACCAUCAGAGAACAACCCAAAGAGACAAUCUACCCUUACAAAAUGCCCACCCAUCGCAAAUUGGACUUGUUCUUUUCCACCAAGGGCGAGUAUAAUGAGGCCAUGACCUUUGGCAAGAAAGUUCCCACCCCCACGGCACCUUUGUCAGAUGCUUCCCAAGUGCAAGAACAAUCUCCCACUCGACCACCCAGGCAAAAGAAAGCCUCCCCUCCCCUUUUUGACGUGGGCGACAGUGAUGCUGGCGUUCCCAAGCCUUCCUCACUGAUCGACAUAGCUGGUUUAGAACCUCAGGCUGGUGGCAAGAAAACCCUGAACUCGACUGGACAUCUCAAUCUGACCCCUCCUGAAGCCAAGAGUGAUCCUCAAGCUGGUUUCUUCGACUUGACCCCACCGAAGCCACAGAGCGCACAGCCGGCAGGCUUCUUUGAUUUGACCCCCCCUGAUCAAGGCAAAGACACGCUUCUCAACUUUGGCGGCUCCGCGCCAAGGAGCGCGACUGAGAAGAGCAGCCCUGACGACAUUCUGCUGGACUUUGAUGGGUUUCCCUCUGUUGCCCCUCCGCCAACAAACGCUAGCAAGCCGAGCAGCACGAACUUUGACUUGUUUGACAAUGUUCCCAGCUCCAAUGGGAAUAGCGCAGACCUGCUGCAACCUUCGGGCGCGCCAAAUCUAGCGGACCUGCUUGCCCCGCAGCCUCAGGAGCCGGCCAAAAGUGCCUCAGAGCAAAUGGUGGAUGACAUGCUCAGUCAAAUGAAUUUAAAUUCAAGGAAAUCGGCAGGCGGCGAUAACAAAACCCCUCAGCCAACGUCUCAAGGACCAAGUGGCAAGCCCAAUUACAAUAGCGCCUUUUUCAAUGCGCAGACCAAUAAUGGAAACGGACAAGCCAGAAAACCACCAACAAGGGCCAACUUUGACGAUCUCUUGGGAGGGUUUGCGCCCUCGGGUGACUCCCAAAACCAGACGAUUGGCGAGAUGCAGAAGAAGAAACAGAUCAAGGCAAUGACUCCAGAGGAAGCGCACAUCUUUGAAUGGACCCAUGGAAGGUCUCGCAAUCUACGAGCUCUACUGUGCUCUUUGGACACAGUGGUUUGGUCUGGUUCGAGGUGGACCAAAUGUGGGAUGCACCAACUGGUCACCUUUGAUAACGUCAAGAAGAUGUACCGGAGAGCUUGCUUGGCCGUUCACCCCGAUAAGCAAAUGGGCACGGAAAAUGAAGACUUGGCGAAGAAGAUCUUCACCGAGUUGAACGACGCUUGGUCCAAGUUUCAGGAGGAUGAGAGUCCUUGAUCGAACCAAGACAGAGAGAGACCCCUUUUUCAUUGCUAAGAGUUUUGUGAUAUUACAGGACGCAGUGCAUUUGUGAUAUCAAAUAUCUAUUUCUAUGAAUAAAAGUGAAUUAUUUAAGGA